AUGGCUGCUGUUCACCUCCUUCGGUCACCUCUUCUCCUUUUUCUCCUCACUUCUCUGGCGUUAGCCAUACCCGAGUCUGAUUCUCUCCUCAAACUCAAGAAAUCGUUCGUUAAUGCCAAUGCACUCGAUUCCUGGGUCCUGGGUUCCUCGCCUUGCUCAUGGACCGGCAUCGUCUGCUCCGAAGGCAACAUCACUGGCCUCCGGCUUGGCAGACUGGGCCUCUCGGGAUCCAUUGACAUCGAUGCUCUCGCUGAAAUCCAAAGCAUUCGCACUAUUAGUUUCGUAAACAAUUCUUUCUCGGGCUCCAUACCGGAGUUCAAUCGCCUUGGUGCUCUUAAGAGCAUGUACUUAUCCGGGAAUCAGUUCUCCGGGGAAAUCCCGUCGGAUUACUUCUCGACGAUGGCGUCUUUGAAGAAGCUGUGGCUCUCCGGGAAUGCAUUCACGGGUGCAAUUCCGGCGUCAUUAGCCCAGCUGCCCCAUCUCAUUGAACUACACCUCGAGAACAACCAAUUCUCAGGGGCUAUCCCCGAAUUCGUACACACACCUUUGAUAUCCCUUGACAUGUCGAACAACAAAUUGGAAGGGGAAAUUCCGGCAAGCCUAUCCAAAUUCGGCGAGAGUUCCUUCGCCAGAAAUGAGGGGCUUUGCGGGGCACAGUUGGCCAAGAAAUGCGCUGCCAAGGCAACAAUAACGCAAGUUACGGAGCCGCCGGCUGGAAAUCCCGACAGCAAACAACAGGAGUCCAACAAGAUGACUGCUGCGGCAAUAGUAUUGGUAUCGACGGUUGUUUUACUUGGGGUAACUGUAUUUCUUGUAGCGAGAAGAAAGGACGAUGAGCUUGGCCGCUUCAUCGUACUGAAGAAAGAGAACCUCGAUUUGAAAGAUGUGAAUACACUAUGGACGGGCAGGAACCGUAAGGGCGUCGACUCAAACAAAAGAGGAUCACGUUAUACAAAGGGCUCGGGGACGGAGGAUCUGAUACUGGUGAACGAAGAAAAGGGUGUGUUUCGGCUUUCAGAUUUAAUGCAGGCCACGGCGGAGGUGUUGGGGAGUGGCGGGCUGGGGUCGGCAUACAAGACAGUGUUGAGUAGUGGGGUGGUGGUGGUGGUGAAGAGAAUGAAAGAGAUGAAGAGGGCCGGAAGGGAUGCGUUCGACGUGGAGAUCAGACGACUCGCGAAUCUGCGACAUCCCAAUAUCUUGACUCCCUUAGCUUACAGAUACAGAAAAGAGGAGAAGUUGCUGGUUUACGAAUACGCACCCAAAGGAAGCUUGUUCUAUUUAUUACAUGGCGAUCAAGGACCAUACAGCGCUCCGCUAGACUGGCCCACUCGUCUAAAGAUUAUCAAAGGAGUCGCUCAGGGAUUGGGUUAUCUCCACACAAAACUGGUUUCCAUUGAAAUACCACACGGCAAUCUGAAGUCUAGCAAUGUUGUUCUUGGCUCUGCUUACGAGCCUCUGCUAAUCGACUAUGGGUUUUGCUCGAUGGUCCUCCCAAACCCGGCCGCAAAGGCCUUGUUCGCCUACAGAUCCCCGGAGUCGUUGCAGAGUCGACGUGUUUCCCCGAAAUGUGACGUAUAUUGCCUUGGCAUUCUUAUUCUCGAGAUACUUACAGGAAAAUUCCCUUCUCAAUAUCUAGGCGAUGGCAGUGGAGGGACUGAUGUCGUGAAAUUGGCACAAUCUGCGAUUUCAAACAGAAAAGAAGUCAAGUCACUCGAUCCAUAUAUUACAGACUCUAGGAAAUCGCUUGCCCAGAUGGAGAAGCUCCUCCACAUUGGUGCAGCUUGCGCCGAAUCUCUUCCUGAGAAACGGCCUGACAUGAAAGAAGCCAUUAAGAGGAUAGAAGAGAUACAGGUAGAGGACUCCGAUGAAGCUACAUCUGCCUGA